CGCCCCAGUGCCCGCCGCCCGCGCGCCCGCCCGCUCAGCCCAAUGCUCCUCUUCGGGCUCCUGCUGCUGACAUCCGCCCUGGCCGGCCAGAGACCCGGGACCCGGGCUGAGUCCAGCCUGAGCAGCAAGCUCCAGCUCGCCAGCACCAAGGAGCAGAACGGAGUACAAGAUCCCCAGCAUGAGAGAAUUAUUAGUGUGUCUACUAAUGGAAGUAUUCACAGCCCGAGGUUUCCUCAUACUUAUCCAAGAAAUAUGGUCUUGGUCUGGAGAUUAGUAGCAGUAGAGGAAAAUGUGUGGAUACAGCUCACAUUUGAUGAGAGAUUUGGGCUUGAAGACCCAGAAGAUGACAUAUGCAAGUAUGAUUUUGUAGAGGUUGAGGAACCCAGCGAUGGAGCCGUAUUAGGGCGCUGGUGUGGGUCUGGCACUGUGCCGGGAAAGCAGAUUUCUAAAGGCAAUCAGAUCAGGAUACGGUUUGUGUCUGAUGAAUAUUUUCCUUCGGAACCCGGGUUCUGCAUCCACUAUAACAUUGUCAUGCCACAGUUGACAGAAACUGUGAGUCCUUCCGUGCUACCCGCUGCAGCUUUGCCGCUGGACCUGCUUAACAAUGCUGUCACUGCCUUUAGCACCUUGGAAGAUCUUAUUCGGUAUCUUGAACCAGAUAGAUGGCAGCUGGACUUAGAAGAUCUAUACAGGCCCACUUGGCAGCUGCUGGGCAAGGCUUUUGUGUUUGGAAGAAAAUCCAGAGUGCUGGGCCUGAACCUGCUCAAGGAAGAGGUGCGGCUCUAUAGCUGCACGCCUCGCAACUUCUCCGUGUCCAUCCGGGAGGAGCUCAAGAGGACCGACACCGUCUUCUGGCCGGGCUGUCUCCUGGUGAAGCGCUGCGGCGGGAACUGCGCGUGCUGCCUGCACACCUGCAGCGAGUGUCAGUGUGUCCCCAGCAAAGUCACCAAGAAGUAUCAUGAGGUCCUUCAGUUGAGACCCAAGACGGGAGUCCGGGGGCUGCAUAAGUCGCUCACGGACGUGGCCCUGGAGCACCACGAAGAGUGUGACUGCGUGUGCAGGGGGAACCCCGGGGGAUAA